UUUCUAAAACGUCAUGUUUUCGAGUUAUUACUUUUGGCCAGCUUUUUUCGAGUUUAGCCCACUGUGCAGUGGACUGAAAAAAGUAGGCAGUGGCCUAUAAUAUUUGACGGCAUUGUCGUCAGUGGUUGGGCAGUGGUAAUAAUGACUAGUGGCAGUGGCAAUGUAGAAGGCAUUGCAUAGCAUUGCUAAAGCAUUAUCAGAAUUUUAGCCGGCAUUGACUCGGCAAUACGGCAGUGGACGUCCCACUACUCCUAUUCCUGGAUAUGCGCAUGUGCAGUCUAACAAUAACAGACUUCCAGAGAUGCCAGAUUUCGGUCGCUGCGCACUGGUAACAUUUGGAAGCAUGGGAAGGGAUGACACACACAACUACGUAUCGUGUCCAUGUGCGCUCGGGACGGUUCCGAGUAGUCUCGAGUGCACACGAAACGUAUGUUGCGUCAGUCUCUUCGCAUGCUAACAGAUGCUAGCAAUGCGCAGGCCGGCAUUUUUGAUAGUCAUAGUUAUAGUUAGCAAGAGUUUUCGUGCCUGAUUUAAACUACUUUAAAGUAGUGCAGUUAAUAAAUUUAAUAUGGGUAAGUACAAUUUGCUCAUCUUAAUGUAAUAUAGUGUAUUAAAGACAUUCUAACCUUAACGGUGUUAACUAACAUCGCCCCAGUGAGAAAUGACUCGUCGAUCGACGUCGAAACGAUGUCGAAUCGACGUUGAUUUGACGGUUUCGACAUCGAUUCGGCAUCGUUUCGACGUCAAUCGACGAAUUAUUUCUCACUGGGGCUAAGCCUCUUAAUUAAUUCGCUAUAAAAUAUGCGACAAAAAUCAUGCGAUGUUUUCUAAAAGCAUCUUUUUUCAAUUUCCUUUGAUUUUAUAUUUUAGAGAAUGCAUCGCCGACAAUUGAGAAUGUACUAUCCGAUAAACCUUCGGAAAAGAUUACAUUUAACUUUUUGAUACAAAACAAAUUUCCGAGCCUUCCAAAUAAUAUAUUAUCGUUAAUAAAAUACUGUAGAUGGAACACUUUAUCUCAGUUCCAAAACAUCACCGAUGCAGAUAUUAAUCAAAUGGAAAAAUUUGCUCAGGAAGAAUUAUGGCAGCUUUUUUCAAAAGAGGAAAACGAAACUUUUUAUGGCAUUUUCUUUAAAAAACCUAUGCUGUUUAAAAUUCUUAACGGGCAUAGAAACUUAUUGAUUAACAUAAAAAAUGCAUGUGUGGAAUUGUGUGGUGGAAAAAGGUUAAAAUCAAAUGAGCAAACCUGCCGCUGCAAAUGUAAAUGUAAGGCCAGAAAUGUAACUAACAGACCUUACAGGGUAAAACAAGCCUCUUUGCGUUUACCUAAGUUGUCAAAUCCAGUACCAGACUCUCAAACGGAAAAUAAUAAUACAGCUAUAACUGAAGACGAAACCCAUGUACUAAACAUAAGUUGUGAUUAUAUUAAAGCUUUUUGUAUUAAAAAUUUAAAGGAACAGGAAGCUGUCCAAAUUCUAAACAAAAUUAAUAAAUUGAAAGUAGACGUAAAUCUUUGAAGAUCCUGAAGAAGAUUCCAUGUUUGCUCACAUAACUUGCAUUAUUUGCGAGCAAAAAAUUAAAGUCAACGUGGUUAUUGGAAAGUAUGGACGAAAAUGGAUUUGUUCAAAUUUCAAUUCUCAUUUCAAGACCCAUUUUGAAGAGAAACUAAAUGAGUCGGAUAAAUUAAAACUAAAGCCCACACAAAAACCCUUCAAAAUUACUUCAAUUCUAGAAUUUGUAAAUCUCAAAAAUCCAAAGAAAAAUGUUGUUACCAAUGCCAAUACAACAGAUGAUGCAUCUACAAUAAGUAGCCCUCUAACUAGUCAGUCUAUUUUGGAAACUCACACUGAUCUGGAGUCCAGCCUUCAUGAUCUUGUUACAGAGCAAGUAAAUACUGUCGUUCAUCGUUCUGUAUUAAGUGAAAGCCCCUCUAUUGCAGAAUUCAACAAUGAUUCUGACAACAAUAUUUCCAAUUUAAACAACACUAGAGCAUCAAAUUCUAACGACUUAAACACUCAGGAUUUUUUUGAGGACGAUAGUAUUUUCCAUGAGGCGGGGAAUUCUAUCGUUUCCUUAAAGUCUCAUAACGUUAUUUUCACUGAUACUACUAAAACAUCAAAGUGGCAAAACGAGAAAUAUUCCCGUCGACAAAGAAACCGUAGAAGAUUAGAAUCCCUCUCAAAAGAUCAAACAAAAAUUACAUCUUUCUUUGAAAUAAAGGAACAUGUGCAACAAAUAUUUGCAGAGAAUACUGAACUCGGGAGCGUAAUUAUAAGAUCAUGUAAAGAUAAUUUUAAUAUGGAAAAUAUAAAUAAGAGUAACUUUUUGACAGUCCUUAUGACUUCUGCUCGACAUAACAGCAGUUGUCCUUCGAAUCACAACAGGUUUACUGAUGAGUUGAUAAGGUUUUCUUUGUACUUAUUCAUAAUUGGAGGUAAACUUACUUAUGAAACUUUACAAAGUAAUUUGAAAAAUGUUCUUCCAUCUCUUUCAACCUUGAAGAGAACGUUAAAUGAAAAUGUAACUGUACAAGAGGGCGUUGUUUAUAUGGCAAAUUAAAAAAUGUAUCUAAAUGCUAGGAAACUUCCAUUAAAAGUGUUUAUUAGCGAAGAUCAAACUGCAGUGUUGAAGAGAAUUCAGUACGAUCCAAAGUCAAACAAACUUGUUAAAUUUGUGCUUGAUAAAAGUGACGAAACCGGCUUUUCUUUAACUGAAAAAUUUAUUGUGAACUCAGCCUGGAAUAUACAGAAAGCAUUUCAAACAGGCAUUUUAUCCAAUAAUGUUUGUUUUUAUGGCACAGCCUCUAGAAGACAAAGUACCAGCUUUUUGUCUUUGCAUGUUUGGGAGUGACAAUAAAUUUACCUAUAAAGAAGUAGUGCACAGAUGGAAUUUCCUGAUACAAGAGGCUGCGAAAUUUGGAAUUGUUGUGGAGGGUUUUUCUUCUGAUGGCGAUACCCGUUGCUUGAAAGGAAUGAAAAUAUUUAGUAAUUUUCCAGAAAAUGCACCUAAUGAGCUUUCUCCAUAUUUUCAAAUGUCUUUUAAUACCGAUAAGGUGACAGUAAUUCAAGACACAGUACAUAUUCUCACGAAAAUGAAGACAAGACUUUUAAAACCAGGGGCAACUAUGAAGCUGGGACAUGAAUAUAUUUCUUCAAAACAUUUAGAGGAAAUGGUUGACAAAUUUCAUAAAGACACCCAUUUAUUAUGUAAAUCGGAUUUAAAUUCUCAAGAUAAGAUGAACUUCAAUGCCGCAAAAAAAAUAUCUUCUGAAAAAAUAAGAAAUACCUUAAAGCAGAGACUUGGUAGCAAAUGUACCAUUCAAUAUCUGACCCUAAUGAAUAAAAUUGAAGAAGCCUUCUUAAACAAAUCAUUAACGUGUUCGGACCGAAUUUAUAACAUGUGGUACACAAUAUUUUUUUUUAGGGCUUGGAGACAUUGGCUCUACAUAAAUAAGAUUGAUCACAAGAAUUUUAUAACUUAAAAUACGUAUACAUGUAUAGAACUUAAUGGUCAUGGACUUAUUUUACUACUAAUCAAACUAAAGGAUAACCCAGAACAGUUUUUACCCUGGUUCUUUUCAAGCCAAACUUGUGAACGAAUAUUCCGUCAAGCAAGGUCAAUGACGAGCACUUACUCGACAGUUGUAAAUUUUUCUACACUAGACCUUUUGCGAAGGCUGUCCCGGAUUCAAGUGAUAAAUGAAAUCGUCACUGACUUAGGAGAUUCAUUUACCUUUCCGAGGGAAAAGUGCUCGUCAAAAUUGGGAAAUACAGCAAAAAAAGAUAGUGGAAAAUUAAUAACACUUAGCGAAAUCAAAGAAAUUCUUUUCCGCGCUAAAGCUGACGUACUAAGUGAUUGUCUUGAGCUAGGAAUAAAUACUACAGAAGAAGCUUUUUGUACGAUAUAUAUAAAGCCAGACUCUGCUGAUUAUUUCGAUCACGAAGACAACCGGAGUGAAUCUGAUAAUGAUAGUGUGUCUCCAAAUGAAAAUUCAGGGUUUAUUUCCGAAACAGACCUCAAUGAUAUUACUGAAUCUAAAACUAUUUUUCAAAACAUGGAUCAUCUGGAUUUGAAGGAUUGUAGUAAAACUGCAAACAAUAAUCGAUCAGUUUUGAAAAUAAAACUGAAGACUGGCAAAACUAUAACUGUAAAGAAAUCAACCCUUUGCUGGUUUUUUACUGAAAACAGAAGUCGUUUAUUUGCAAACCGACUAGAUAGAGUGAAGGGCAUGGGCUCACAAAAAACCAAAAAAAUCCUUCCAGAAAUGAAAUCUACGUUUUUAAAAAGUCGAAAGAGAAUAAAGAAAUCUAUAAAACUCCCAAUAAAACCAAAGAAUAAAAGAAGUAAAUUGACGGAAGAGGAACAAGAAAGUGAGACGGAAACUAAAGACGAACAGAAGUACAUUUCAGAAUGUGAAAGUAGCGGUGGUGAAUAUGUGGCAAAACGGAAUAGUAGUUCUAAUUCGGAUACCCCGAAGAAGCAACAAAUAGCCAUUGUCGAAGAAAAAUACUACGCAGUAUACUAUGAUGAUCAGUGGUAUAUAGGAAGAAUAAUAAAAAUCGAAGAGACAACGUGUCAGAUAAAAUUUUUGUACCGAAAUUUGGAUAGUUUUAACUGGCCCAAGCAAGAAGACGUGCAACAGAUCAAAAAAUGUUAUAUUUUUUAUGGACCUAUUUCAUUAUUAGGCUUAAAUCCAUUUAAUCUUAAAAGAUACGACUUAUGUGCAAUUGAAAAAAAGUACAAAAUGUUUAAAAAAGAUAAGUAAUCAACAAGAAUGUUUAAAGUUAUUUUGAUUAUUUAAUUAUUAUAUUUAGUGUUGUUUGAAGUUGUAAUGAAGUGCAGAAGGCAUAUAAUAAUGUACAAUUACAUGUAUAAUUCAUAAAUAAAAAGUUUUUUAGUUCUUUA